GUUGUCUUCAAUUUGGUCUUUAUCAGAAAUGGUUAUGGAGCUUAGCAGGAGCAAAGCAAAUGGGGUUUCAUGGAACUUAGCUGGUAAUGGCAUCAGUAGGAAGUAGGACUGAAGGAGUAAAUGCAGCUUGUCUAUGGCUCUUUUGGGGAGUGACAGAAAAUAGCAAAACCACAAAUUAAAACACUGCUCUGUCCUUUCUUUCCGGACUCUCUCUCUCUCUCUCUGGUUUAUUUUAUACACCACGCCAUUAACGCCUGACACUUCUUCCUUCUUCUUCUCCUCCUACUCCUACACCAGAAGAGUGAAACCAUUGAAAUCGAGACGGUGGAAAUUGGUUUAGAGGGAGGGAAAUCCGAUAUCCGACGGGCGAGAAUAAGAAGUGAAAAGGGAAGAAAGAAUGGUGGGACCGUCCAGGCCGCAGUUCGUUCUCUUCGGCUCCUCCAUCGUUCAGCUCAGCUUCGGCAAUGGCGGUUGGGGUUCCUCUCUCUCCGAAAUCUACUCGCGCAGGGUAACUUCACCCUACUAUCUCCUUUCUGUUACAUUCCUUUUUCAGAGUUUCCACCGUUACCCGGUGCAAUUUUCUCGUUUCUCUUCCCGGCCCUUUUGUUUGUUUGACUGCUUCUUCUUACUCCAUUUUUUCUGCUCGAAAUUCCACCCGCGCCGAUUCGAGCUCGCUGGAGUCUUCAAUCAUCGCUGGCUUCCCUAGGGAAUUUUCAUCUUGUUAUUAAUUCAAGACCGAUACUGCAUCGGCAUAACGGCAGAUGUGAUCUUACGAGGGUACUACGGAUGGAACUCGCGUCGUGCUGUUCAGGUGCUCGAUGACAUUUUCCCAAAGGAUGCUAGUGUGCAGCCAUCUUUAGUAAUUGUGUAUUUUGGUGGGAACGAUUCGAUGGGUCCACACUCUUCUGGGUUAGGCCCUCAUGUUCCACUUCCUGAGUAUGUAGAAAACAUGAAGAAGAUCGCACUUCAUCUCAAGAGCCUUUCAAAGACGCUACGCAUAAUUUUUCUCAGCUGUCCUCCAGUUGAUGAGGUUAGAGUUCGUUCCAACGCAAGUGCAUACUUCAGCGAGCUGGUUAGGACAAAUGAACUCUGCAAAAAGUACUCGGAUGCAUGUAUAACGCUGUGCAAGGAACUGGACAUAAAGGUUGUUGAUCUUUACUCUGCACUUCAAACGAUAAGCGACUGGGAGACUGCAUGCUUCACAGGGAUGGGAUUCACUUAUCCGCAGAAGGAAGCAAAAUAGUGGUGAAGGAGAUACUGAAGGUGCUGAGAGAAGCAACAGAAUGGAGCCCCUCUUUGCACUGGAAAUCCAUGCCGGUUGAAUUCGCAGAGGAUUCUCCAUACGAUCUCGUGGCUGCCGAUGGGAAAAGGACUCUAAAUCCGUCGACUUGGAACUUCCACUGGGAGAGUCAAUGGGACUAAAACUAGAGAGGCAGGCUCAAGUAUUAGAUGCAGAGAAGAUGGGAUUGAUUGCCGAUGCAGAUGAAAAACUCAACUUCUUCUGCAAAGGGAUCAGCAGAACUGGACAGCAUCAUCAUCCUCAUCCACUUUGUAGAGGGUCAAAGAAAGGCAAACUGAGUCAGUUCUGAUUAAUAUGGUCAAGUCUCUUAAAUAGGAAUGCUUUAGUAGGAUUGGGUUGUUGGGAAUGUUGGUGAAAACCGAUAGUUUGCCGUUUUCUCCAUCAAAAUUAGACAUUUCGUUAAGUAAUCACAUAAAGGGCUAUUUUAUGCUUUAGUUUCUUCUUCAUUAGGUAUCGUGUAAGAGUUACUAAGAUGUCACUAAAUGAAGGUUUAAAUGGUGUUUAUGCAUAUGAGAUGUUUACGAGCAUACCCAUGAAUGGAAGGCUUGGACUCAUGGUGUUUCUAGUUUCUACUAGGGCUAAUACCACUAGGAAAC